AUGCACUUCAUAGACUUGCCCUUUGAUAUACUUGAGAGAAUCCUGUGCUGCCUAGACGUCCGCGACGUCCUAGUGUGCAGCAGUGUUUGCAAACUCCUUCAGCAAACUAUCAACGAGUCCCUACCUCUCCGCUACGCGAUUGCCCUUGCGGAACGCGGGAUGACUGAUGGAACAGACUCUUUCGCGAGUUUGGCCGAGCGCCUUGAGAACUUGGAGCGUUAUGAGCUUGCCUGGCGCGAGUUGCGGUGGCAAGAAACCUUGCGCUUCGAUCUGCCCGCACCCUCCCGCUACGUCUAUCAGGAGGAUGGGUACCUUCUAAUCGUCGAUCCAGCGAUGUGCACAGUCAAAGUGGUUCGGCUUCCAUCGCCCCUGCGCGGUGUACCACAGGCGGAGCACAACUGGAGUGCACCUCCGGCAUUCCUCGAGGGUGAUGGGACCGUUCUUAUUGACGUCCGCCUUGACUUGGUUGUAUUCCUGAAUCACCAGAACACCGCUGGCGCCACCGGCACCGGCGUUCAAGCUCGUACACUAUCCACCGGCGAGAUCCAUCCCCUCGCCGACGCCCGAGCGACGUGCUUCAUCCCUCGUUCGCCCGACUCGUUGAACCAAGUGCACCGCCACUCUGAUCAGUCGAUGUGUCUGCGGGGCCGCCAUAUACUGUGGGGCGACUCUGCGCAAGGCAGAAUCGGCUACAACCACAUAAACUGUCCGAGGCUUUUUGACUGGACGAACGGACGCGACGUGACGCCCCGGCUGAAUGGGAGCGUCACGUGCGCGUUGACUUUCCUCCACGACGGGCGUGUCAUAGCCAUCGUCUUCAACGCCACGAGCGCAGCCUACGAGCUGUGGCUUGCCGACCCGGAACGUCCGGGCUCAGAGGGCCGCGCGUCCGUCACGCACAUGUUAGCAGCUCUCGUUCCCCCCGCCCUGGAGAGUGCACGUCGUGCGGUGUGCAUCCGGCGCCAAAGUCGGCCUGCCGAGUGCGAAGUGCGGGCGGUGCUGCUUCGACCAUGA